AUGUCCUCCGGCUCCUCGUCAGCGGCGCCGGCGGCUCCGUCACCACUGCCGCCGUCGCCGAGGGAGCACGUGGAGAGGAUCCGGAGGGAGCGUUACUUCAUCGGGCGCGGCGAGCGGAACCCGCUGGCGGAGGACAUGCACCAGGCCGUCAACUACCUCAGCCAGGAACUCUACUCCAAGGACGUCCACUUCCUCAUGGAGCUCAUACAGAAUGCUGAAGAUAAUGAUUAUCCUUCUGGAGCUGCUCCAGCUUUGGAGUUUGUAAUUACAUCCAAAGACAUCACCUGUAGUGGAGCCACUGCCACCCUCCUAGUGUUCAACAACGAGAGUGGCUUUACUCCAGCAAACAUUGAAUCCAUUUGCAGGAUUGGGAAAUCUACAAAAAGGGGUAAACGGAGCAGUGGUUACAUUGGGGAGAAAGGUAUUGGUUUUAAAAGUGUGUUUCUAGUAUCCCGCAAUCCUCAUAUAUUUAGCAAUGGGUACCAAAUUAAAUUCAGGGAAGAUCCGUCCCCAGAAUGUGGUAUCGGGUAUAUUGUUCCCGAGUGGGUUGAAGAAAAUCCAAGUAUUUCGGACAUUGCCAAGAUAUACAGCAGUUUUAAAAGUCUUCCAACCACAACUUUUAUAUUACCUCUGAAAAGUGAUAAAAUAGAUGCUGUGAAAAAAGAGCUAUCAAACACACAUCCUGAAGUACUAUUGUUUCUUUCAAAGAUUAGACAAAUUUCUGUACGGGAGGUUAAUGAUGAUCUGAAUGCUACUAGUCUGAGUCAAAUUUCUAUAUCAAGUGAAGCUGAUGCUUUGACGAGGAAGGAUAUUGGUGCAGAGUCCUAUACUCUUCACCUAUCAGCUGAUGAGGACGAGAGAGAUGGGCAACACUGUAGCUACUACAUCUGGAAGCAACAUUUCCCUGUGAAACCAGAAUGCUAUGUGCAGAAGAGAGAAGGAAUAGAUCAGUGGGUUGUCAUGCUAGCAUUCCCCCAUGGACAGGCUGACUUUUUGCUGUCAUCAUCCCGAGAGUCCAUUCUACUUGACAGCCAGUGGAACCGAGGGAUUCUAGAAUGUGUACCUUCUGCAUUCGUUAAUGCUUUCCUGGCACUAGUGAAAUCAACAGAAAGUGCACCAGUGUUUGCGCUUCCACCUGUUUUCAAGUUUUUGCCUCUUAAUCACUCUUCAAUAGAGCUGAUGGAUUCUGUCAGGCUGUCCAUUAGAAACAAGCUGAUUGAUGUGGAUAUAGUCCCAUGUGAGACCUGUUCUUCAGUGAAAGUAUUCCGUAAGCCUACAGAGGUUUACAGGCUAAACUCUUCUUUCUGGAGCAUCAUAAACAGAGCAGUGAAGUUAGGAGUUGAUGUUCACAACAUUUCAUCGCAUGGCACAAAUAUUCUGAACUCCUACUUUGACAGUGAAGCAUAUGAUGAUGUGUUGGGAUUUCUCAAAAUUGGUUAUGUUGAUUCUGAAUGGUAUGGGAGGUGCAUCCUAGGAUCAGAUCUUGUGAAGCUGCUGCCUGAAGACAUUUAUUUUGAUCUUCUCAGUUUUGUUGCUGAGAACUGGAAAGCUAAGUUUGUUAGCACAAACAUGAUGGAAAUACCACUUGUAAAGUGUGUUGGUGGAGGUGGUGUAAUGACAUACAGGAGUGUGUGUGAAGCCACAACAGCAGAUGAGAGGCUAUGCAUGCUAUCUGACGAGGAAUCUGCACCAUCGAUCAUUAACUGGAACAAUGACUAUUUCUCAACAGUCUCUCGAACACUCUUUAUGCCACUAUCUACUCAGAAAGCACUGGGUCUAUUCUCCAAGAAAACAACUGUAGUGGAAUGGCUUGAGAAGUAUGUAGCAGUGAAGACCCUGACCCUACAUGAGUAUACUCUUAUGGUUGUGAAAGCUUUACCUGAGAAGAGCUUGGUUCUUGCUUUCACUCGAUUCAUCUAUCACUUGCAUUCAGAGAAGUUAAUGCCAGAAUGGAGUGUGAAACAAAUAUGCAACUCAAUGCCCCUAGUGGAUAAUUGUGGUCAUGUUGUUGUCACAAGAAGCAUAGUUCUCGUUCCAUCAAAAGGUAGUAAGUGGGGUGCACUAUUGGGUGAAAAUCCAUGGAGACCACAAAACUACAUUGAACUUGGUGAUGAUUACGUCUGUUCUGGAAAUUCUUCUGGUGAGCAUAUAUGUGAAGAUCAGUAUUUGUCCUUUAUCAGGACAUAUAUACAAGCCACUGAUGUGCCUCUUCUGAUUCCUCCAGAUGCUAGUUUUCCUGCUGCAUCAUCUUUCUUAACUGCAGAGAAUGCAGUUCUCCUUCUGGAAUGGAUUGAGAAUUUAAGGUCAAGGGGUGUAGGGUUACCUAAAAAAUUUGUAAGCUGCAUCAUGCAUGGGAAUUGGCUCAUGACAUCUGUUGGUUACCGUUCACCAGCAGAUUCGUUCAUGUCAAAUGAAGAGUGGGGCUGUUUGUUUCAGGCUAGACUUGCCUUUGUUGAUGUGCCAAUGAUUGAUCAAGAGUAUUACAUGGGCGAAAUGAAUGAUUUCAAGGAAGUACUGGCAUCACUAGGUGUGAAGUUUGAAUUUUCUCAAGCAAUGUCAUACAUUGGCGAGUGCUUCAUUUCAAUGGUAACAGGCACCCUGACAGGUGACAUGGUGCUUUCACUGCUCAGCUUCAUCAGAUUCCUUAAGCAGGAACACAUGUCAUCUGAUCAUCUCAUUAGGACCAUCAGAGGAGGAGAUUGGCUCAAGACCUGCUCUGGUUAUAGAUCACCUACUGGAUCUGUUCUUUUCAGUUCAGAAUGGAUGAUACCAUCUGAAAUCAGCUGUUUACCUUUUGUCGACAUAGACUUCUAUGGCCAUGAAAUCAGUGAAUACAAGUCAGAGCUUCAGCAUCUAGGUGUUCAUGUUAAAUUCAAACAGAAUUACCAGAUCAUUGUUGAUAACAUUAACCUUCCAAUAGGUCCAGUUACUUCUGGUGCUGCUAUACUAUUAUUGAAAUGUAUCAGACAUGCUGACUCAUGCAAGUACUUGGUGAAGGGGCUGAAGAAGCGCCAAUGGUUAAAGACUAAUGCUGGGUUUAGAGCUCCCCGGGAGACAUUUCUCCUAGAUCCAGAGUGGAAAUGCCUUGUAAAAUUCGCCGAUGUUGUUCCACUGCUCGAUUUGCCUUUCUAUGGUAACGAAAUCCUGACCUAUCGGGAUGAACUGAUGAAGAUCGGUGUCGUUGGUAGUCUGGACCAGGCAAGCAAUUCCAUAACUUAUUAUCUGAAACAACUCGUGUCAACAUCUUCCCUUACAAAGGAAAUUAGGCUUGCUCUGCUCUCCUGCUACAAGGAUCUGAGUGAUGAGGACAUGACAAUCCCAGCCAAUAUUCUCAAGUUUAUGCAAACAGAAAAGUGGCUGCAUACUACACAAGGUUUCAGGCCUCCAAACAAGUGUGUAUUCUCUGAUUCCUCAUGGGAACCGGUAAUGGCAGUUGCAAGCCUACCCUUCAUUGAUGACAGUGACUCAAGCAGUGGCACAGGGAAGGAAAUAUAUAACUAUAAGAAGGAGCUCAAGGCUUUAGGCGUUACCGUAGAUUUCAACCAGGGAGCAGACUUUGUCUUGUCAUGCCUAUCAACUGUGGAGGGACCACAAUUACCUAAACCCAAUGUUGUUAGCCCUUCUACCGGACUACAUGUUAGUAGUGACUCCGGAAAUACCAGCGAGGGCACCAACCAGAAUGUAGUAGCCUUGACCAGUGUUGAAAGCCCCCCUGUACUCGCGAGCAAAACUCUUGUAUCGUUGUUGAAAUGCAUACAUAGGAGCUCCAAUCCUAGAAGCUUCGCACUUAAAAUUGGAAAGAUGCAGAUGAAGUCAACUCUUGGUUACAGGUAUGCUGAUCAAUGUAUCCUUUUUGACUCAGCAUGGUCUUCAUAUCUCUGCAGGGAAGAUGGUCCUUUCAUAGAUGAAGCAUUCUAUGGCCCUGAGAUAUUAUCAUACAGGACAGAGUUUAGACUGAUUGGAGUUGUUGUGGAUGUUGGCUAUGGAUGCUCUCUGUUGGCGCAGGAUCUGAAACACUUCUCGAGAGGGGAUACCAUAACCAGGAUAUACAAAUACUUGGCAGCUUUCAAAUGGGAACCGAGAAAUAAAAGUGAAAGCUGGAUAUGGAUACCCAAGGGAAGAAGCACUGGCAAUUGGGUGUGCCCUGCCGAUUGUGUUCUUCAUGACUGGAAUGGUCUGUUUAGCACUCGUUUCUCAGUCUUGGACAAGUACUAUCAAAAGGAUUUGCAAGGGUUCUUCUCCAAUGUUCUUGGAGUUAGGCACAGCCCCAAAGUUUUAGAUCAUUGCAUUCUGUGGCGCUCUUGGGAGUGCACAUGUUUCGAGCUGACUCCAGCUAGCUGUUCAUUUUUCUGGGAGUUCAUUGGAAACUGUUGGAAUGCAACGACAGCAAAGCUCCUUUCAGGUUCUGUCACAAGAGUUCCUGUUCUUUCCGGUGGUAAGAUCAUCUUGCAGGAGGUCGAAGAUGUCUUUGUUCCAGAUGAUCUCGUCCUAAAGCAUUUGUUUGAUCAGUUCUCUUCAGAGCCAAUAUUCAUUUGGUAUCCAGCUGGUCUGUCAUUCAGAUCUCGAGCUCAGAUGGACACUAUCUACCAGAGCCUUGGUGUUCGAGCAAUCUCCAAGGCUGUCACAAAAGAUGAAACCUGUAUGUUGAACAUGAAUACCUGCCAAGUAGUAGAGAUGAAAGAUGCUAUGCGUGAAGGCUCUUGA